ACGUCAAGAAACAAAUGAACAAAAUCAUAUGGUUGGUUUCAAUUAUUUGGCAAGUCAUACAUUAUCCAACUCACAUCGAAGGUAGUGAAUAAAAUAUCAUGAUUAUAAAUGUUCUAUACUGAGAAAUCUAGAAAAUAAGCAAUAGUUGUAAACCUGGAAUCAUCCAAAUCGUGUUAAAUCAUAUUGGUUAAUACGUAAGAAUAAAAAAUAAUUGUUGUAAAACAUAGACACGAAUACUUUGACAAUCGCAAAUAGGUAUUAUUUAUUGUAAUAUGUAUUGAGAGUAUUGAAGAUCCUCCUGGGGAAGGACACGGGUGCAAACUAAUCGACAUUUGCAAGCCCAAUGCAAGAGUAUGGUGGGGGCGUGUCGAGCAAGUCGGGGGAGUAUCGGGACGGCGGGCCCGAUGGAGCGCGCGAGCGGGGCCUGCCCCACCAGGCCGAUGGCUUCCAGCCCCAGCAUCAAUAUGCCGUGAUGCAGCAAAAGAACUAUGGAUGUUCCAGCAAAGAUUUGUCCGACCAAAACAUGGCGACUUACUGCCGCGUGGCGACUGGGAUUUACGAAGCCACCGCGUCCAGCCAACAGUACCAGAACCCAAGAUAUAACAAUCCAUCGGCCCCGACUUUUAGUUCACCGCCUAAUUCCCCUCUCGUUGGCCUUGUUUUUGAUCCAUCUUCACCCAACUACAGCGGCCCUGGAAUGAUAGGAGACAGAACCGUCAGCGCUGAUAGACGAUCCCAAAGCUCGUGGUCCAUCUCCAAUCAAGAACCGAUCGGCACGGGAGCGAAGAAGAAAAUAGUGAAAAGUCAAGAUAAACGCAACGCAUAUAGUGCUGACCCUCGAUAUCAUGAGAGAUACAAGGACAACAGCACCGAAGUAGACCGUCAACGUAAGGACAGGAACUUGACUUCGGAAUCUACUUCUAGCCUCGACUUCUUUGUCGAAGGAGAGAGAAUGGUGUCGGAAUUGUGCAACAUACCCGACUCGCGGACUGAUUCCAACAAUCAAAAGCAAAAUCAAAAUCAGAAACCAACCAAUCAGGACGAAGACAAGAAUAAACCUUCCGUUUCCUCGGAAGUAUUGCUUACGGCACUUGACAAGAUUGUUAUACAUGAUCAAAUACCCAAUCAAAUCGUUCAACUGGCUGUGGAGGCUUGCACUGAUGCUGAAAAUAUUGCAAUCGCUCACCAUAACCGACCUUGUUUUAAGAAUAUACACUCAAUUUGUGCUAAAACUAGAUCCAACGUACAAAAGCCCGAUAGUGCAGUUGCUAAUCUGCAUUCACAAGGCAUACCAUGGGUAAUUAAAAACUUUAUUUUCUCUUUUGUAAGAAUUUUAGAUGGCUGGAAGGGUGUUAAAGAGCUGCUAAGUGAGAAACACGACACGUUUUCAAGAAUCGAAAAUAAAUAUUACAGUCCUAAUAUAAGAGAAUGCUUUGUACAAUGGCAGGCGGUGACCAAAGAAAUGUUGACUCAUAUUUAUAAAACAUUUAAAUGCCUUGAUCACGGCUUUACUAUGGAACAGAAAAGUUUUACUCAUAAUUAUUACGCCACCAAUUCGGCUGCGCCGAGGAAUCAAAAUCAGAACAAAUUUCAGCCAUCCAAACCGCACUCCAGCACUCCGCGGCCUGUCAAUGCUUCUCCGCAGCCAUUCAACGCAGUACAACCUCCUUGGGUACAGAACCAGAGUCAAGCAGCUUCUCAGAGCUUUAAUGAAGGUCCAUGGCCAGCACGAUCAGGAGUGGCGUACAAAAAGUAUCCUGUAGUACCGCCACCAAAUUCGCAUAAUUUCUACCCUUUAAGCGACCAAACUGAUAUGGACAGCUACCAGAAAGCGCAAUACAAAUGUGAUCCUUGCAGCGUCCGUGAAGCGAAGCCGCGCCAAUCGUGGACGAUCACUAAUGUUCCAGAUUUUCGCGCUCUUGAAGGUAUGUGUCACGCGGAACAGCGGGAAUUAUAUACCCAAUUGAAACAUAAGAUGGAUGCGGAGCUCGGCAAAGCUCCUGGACAACCGCUUUUGGGAAAUAUGCCCUGCGAUUUAUUGCAACGCAGAGACAUGGAACUGAAAGCAAAAAUGAUACCUUUAAGUCACGUGGAAAAAACAUUGAUACCGAGCAUGGCGGCAGCAGCCGAGAUGAGAGGCUGCUACGUACAGAAAAACAAUAGUUGUGGCGAUACAAAAGAAGAGGCCGAUUUUUUUGCGGCAUGGGGUCAGAUGGUCCAAAAAGAACCUAGCGAUUUUAUAACUCAUCACACUCACAACAUUCAAAUCCCAUCAAAUGUUGUGACGAUUUCAAACAAUAUCUCUGGCCCCGUACAAUUCAUCGAUCCAGAAAAUGAUGAGUUUCACGAAAUGUCAAAAGUUUAUAUGAAGCCCGGUAGCUACAAGGUGCCUAUAAAGCCUGCGGAUCCAAUAUCCCCCUUUGUACAAGGUGCCGCUCAAGACGUAGUAUACGAUAGCACUAUUGGUGAUGAUAUAGCUCUAAAAAUGAAAGUGCCGUUUCCACCAGUUACACUAGCACCGCAACCGAAGUACAAUCUUGAAUCAUGGCCCUGCUUGAUGUCCAGACGCACAGAUGAUAUCUUUGGAGAAGAUCAAAAGAUGUUACCCCGUCAUGGCAUUCCCUGCUUAGACAUAAGAGCAGCAGAUUCCCUAGACCUUUUAAGUUCAAUGACAUCGGAUCGUGCUUGGGAAGCGGCUAAACAGUCCGCACCAAAACUAAUGGAUUUCAUUCAUGAAGGAUCCAAAUCUGACACAGCCCGAUUAUAUGACGCGUUGGGUCUAAGUGCUACAGAUGAAUUCUCUGAAGACUUGAAGCAAGUCAAACUCAGCAUGGAGCACAGUGACGCGUGGUCCACCGGGCUGACUAACCAUUUCAUGUCUAAAGAUCUUACGAGUGUAUGGAAUCAACAAACAGUCAAAAAUGAUUAUAUUCUUACAAAGAAUCAAGACCAAUCGAUUUUUACUGAAGACGCAACUAAGUUGCUUGAUUCUGACUCGAAAUCUGUUGAACCAGACGAUCCGUUAGAAGUUCCUGAUUGUAGGAACGACGAAGAGAAAAAGGAAAAUACUCGUUGUCCUAACUUUGAUCAAUCUGGCAACUAUGUGCGUGAUGAGAAUCAGAAAAAAUCUGGUGGCAAACCAAAGGUUGCCGUGUCAGGAAUGUGGUAUCACCCUAAAAAGAAGAAGCCUUUGCCUGCUAACACAGUAAAGAAGUUUGAGACAAUACUUUCCAAUCUAUCUCAAAUCAAUGAAGCUGCUUUUAUUCAACACGACAUGGACAUAAAAGUGGCUCCUAGAUUCUAUGAAGUAGUAAAAUAUCCAAUGUGUCUCCAUGAUAUAUCGACUAAACUUAAGAACUCUUCCUACACUGAAUACGAUCAAGUCGUUCAAGAUUUUAGACGAAUUUUCAACAAUGUGCGACUUUACCUAAAGAGUUACCCAGAUCCGACAAUGAAGAAGAACGUCAACAAAAUUGCAAAUGACUUCGAGAAAAUGUUGAACGAAGAGUUUCAAGCUAAAUGGGAAGCGAAGUCAAAGUCCCAGGACGUGGUCGAACCUCAAGACAACGCUAACAAGAAGGAUGAGAAUGCUGCCGAUACCAACAGCACUGAAACCAAGACCGAGGACAAUAAAAAAAGCGAACCUAAAACGAGUGGAGAUGAUAAAAAGUGAAACGGCAAAAUGUAAAAUCAAUGUUUUGGAGAGGCUCUGAUAAAAAUCUUCCUGUUUCUAGGAACACUUUCGCCACUUAAAUUUUUCGAGUAUUAUUUUUUUGUUUAAACUUUUUUUUUAUUUAUAUAUUUAUUUGCUUCAACGACGAGGUCGUCCUCAGUAGUACUCACGUAAAAUAUACGAUCAUUUGUUUAGUACGAUUCUGAAACCGGUCGAUACUAUGAAUAGGUUUAAAAUAAGCAACCUCUAGUCAAAUAGAAAAUUAUUUUUUAAACAAAUGUCAGUGACGUUAUCAGAACUUAUAAUACAUAAGAUUAUCAAUUUAAUAUGUAAGUGCUUGCCAGUUUUUUCGAAUGGACUUUAUUAGCUUCCAAACGGGGCAAAACUUGAUUUGUUCUCUAUUGUUUCUCUCUUCUUCUUUCCUUGCACGAUUAGUUUGUAAUUUCGUUUUGUAUAUUUCGAUUUUCUUAUUUCUUCCAAUGAUUCCUUAUAUAAUAAUAAUCCGUAUUGAUUUUAUGUGCAGAAAAACAAAUUUAUGUUUUGAUGCGACGUCAGUUGUAAUUUAGUUUGUUUGUCCCACGAUGCCCAGACACACGAGCACUAAUGUCCAUAGCUGCAACCAACACGUCGAAUAGAUAUUAGUUCUUUUUUAUAUCUCUAUCUGUGAUGUAUGUUUAGGUAAAAGUUGAUAAUUUGAAUCGUUUUUCACGCUUAAUUACUAGUUGUACGAUUCUCUUGAACAUGUAAAUAGAAAGGAGUAGAUGUAUAAAAAAUUGAACUUAAAAGUUUAAGUUGUCUUGGAAACCCUGCGCCAUGCCAUUAAUGAAUAAUUGUACAUUAAUUUUUACAAAAAAAUGCGUUAAAUUAUUUCAGAAAAACAUGUGUAUCGAGUGGUGAGAAGUUCGAUACGCCAAUAAAUAAUAAUUAAUGAAUGAAACGUACGUUAUUUGAAAAGUAAGAAUAGGACUUCUUACUUGUCGAGUACUACAUCCAAAACAUUGUACUGUCUUUAUAUGUAUGUACGUGCAACAACAUUUUUUAUCUAAUUUGUUUCGUUUGGUGUUCCACAUUGGUAUUUAAAUAUUUUUUUAAAUAAUUUUUGAGUCCAUUUUACCUGCCAUAGAAAUAAGUGAAUUGCUUACGACGUCAACGUUGGCUGGUUAUGUUUCGGCGACUAGAACAGGUGGUUGAUUGAGAUUAAAUUCAAAAUUUCAAAUUUGACGACGUUCGAGUUAAUUUUAAGUAUUCAUUAAGUUGUGAUUUUAUUAUUUAACUUAUUUACCUAAAAUUAUGGCAAGGAACUCCUAUGAUAAUAAAAGAGUUAUUUUUUUAUUUGCCUGUUUAU